AUGCUGAUAGUUCACUUGCGUCAAACUGGCGCGUUUGUAAUUGGUGGCACUAAUUUAGGAGCAUCUAUACAUGGUAUGGUAUCCCUGUCUGAUAUAGCGAAUCCAGUACUUCCUCCCUGGAAGGAGUUGAUCGAUCCGUCCACUGGCUCUGUCUACUAUUGGAACACUGUGACCUCUGAGACGAGCUGGGAGCGCCCUGUGUGCGCCGAGCUCUCGGCUGAUGCUCCGCAAUGCGACAAGGGCGCUUCACCGCAAAACUCCAGCAACGUUGCCGAAAAAUGGCUGUCUACCUAUCUCAGUGCUACUAGCACGUCAGAUCGCAUUGUUUUAUUUUUUAGCGGUCUAGAAUUAAUACGAGCUGGUAUUGAGGCGGAUGACGCUGCCCACCAUGAAAAUGCCCAGCACGAAGCUGCGCGGCUGCUAGAAUUGAUAGAUUCUGCGCUUGCCUCUUUAUCUGAGAUCCUCGAAACAGCAUCUGCUGGUACGCGGAGCUACGUGAAGUUGGCAGGAUACAAGGCUCAGCUAGAGCGGCAACGCAAGAUUGCUAUAAGCUCUAACUCAUCCAAUCGUACAAUCUACCCAGAAAAUAUAGGCGAAAUAUGCGAUGAGGUCGCAAAACUAUCCAGCAACCUCCGUGAGCUUACGCAAUCCAGAGCCUCGGGCACACCCAACCACUUCUCGGCCCUUUGUGACGACUACAGUAUCUACAUGAAGCGUAAGCGCCAGAGUGCUCUCCGCGAGCGUUGGGCGCAGUUUAAGGAAUCGCGUCGCCAGAAGGAAGAGUGUGCCGACAGUCAGCAUGACCCUGGUCCUGAGGCGGAGAUUGACGACAAUGCACCUACCACUGUAGAAUCAGUAGCCCGCCGAGCUAAAGCGUUUGAUAAGGCGCGUCAGUUACAAAAGCGUUGGGCUCAAGCGGCGUCUAUGCUAUACGACGACACUGGCUGGCACGAAAAGAUCGGCCAGAGGGAAUCGGCUGGCCCAGCCUCGUAG